AUGGAGGGUAAAGUUGCUGAAGUAAUAGAGGAUGCAUUAAUAGUGUACAAAGAAGAAGAGACUAAUCUCACUGUUCUAAAGACAUCUCUUUUCUUCACUGGCGAUGGAUUUGCUGCAUAUGACUGUAAAGGAGAAAUGGUGUUCAGAGUGGACACAUAUAAUCCGGACUCACGUGACCAGAGACCAAGUCUGCAUCAAAGAUGGGAAGGCUACUUAGGAGAACUAAUAGAAGGACAAAAGCCAAUAUUCAGUGUUCGAAGAUCCUCAAUGAUGGGAAGUUCAACUGUUACAGUAGAGGGUUACAGCAAUAAUGCUGAAGAAGAGUAUGAGAUAGACGGGUCAUUUGCAGAGAGGAGUUGCACAUUCUUAAACGCAGAGAAAGAAUCUGUUGCUGAAAUUCGACGUAAAGUUGAUGCUAAUUGUGAUAAUGUGAUGCUUGACAAAGAUGUUUUCUCUUUAAGUGUCAAGCCUGGUUUUGAUGGUGCCUUUGCUAUGGGAUUGGUCCUUGUGCUUGAUCAAAUUCUUGCUGAUGAUUGUGUUAGUGAUGAGGACCCCAUUGCUGAUGAUCCCCUUCUUGAUUGUUGUUCAUAGUUCAUCCAUUUGUUUCUCAAUGGUUUCUUUACA